AGGGACACACACACACAAAUACACACAACCACGUAGAGUCACAGAUGGAGAGACAGGCACGGAUAAAGAGAGGCAGGUGAAGACACCAACAGAGACCCAAGACAAAGAGAUGACAAAAAGAGACAUGAAGAGGAUGAAGGAUCCCAGAAGUUUUUGCUAUGGGUUAGAGUGGAAGGCAAUUUAAGUAGGACCCAGAGGACUGGGUGAAGCUGGACUGGAAUGAUGAGGGAAGUUUGAUCAUCUGGAGAGAUCAGAAGGUUGACAAUUUGCUCAAUGCAGCAUGCAAGGCUUCCCAGCCAGUUGACUCCCACAUAGCUGCACACUUAUCUAGAGAGGACACCAUUCAGAUGCUCUAAGCUCCAGUAGACCAUGGCAUCAGAAGCAGAGAAAACAUUCCAGCGGUUUGCUGUCUUCGGAGAAUCAUCAAGCAGGGGCAAUGAAAUGAACAACAAGAACUUCUCCAAACUGUGCAAAGACUGUGGCAUCAUGGAUGGCAAGAUGGUCACCUCCACUGAUGUGGACAUUGUAUUCAGCAAAGUCAAGAUCAAGAAUGCCCGAACCAUCACAUUCCAGCAGUUUCAAGAGGCAAUGAAGGAACUGGGCCAGAAGCUGUUCAAGGGGAAGAACCCAGAAGAAGCCCUGGAGAGCAUCUAUAAACUCAUGGAGGGCAAGGAUCCAGCUACCUCUGGUGUUACUAAAACAAGCACAGUGGGUGGGGUGAGCAGACUGACAGACACCAGUCAGUACACUGGUACCCAUAAGGAGCGCUUCGAUGAGAGUGGCAAGGGAAAAGGCAUCACGGGCCGGAAAGACAUGACUGAUGGCUCAGGCUACGUGAGUGGCUACAAAGGCGCUGGCACCUACGAUAAGAAGAGUGGCAACUAGGGAGGAGCCUCAUCUUAGCCCGCCAUCCUGUGACCCUGCAUCUUUCACACCAGAGAGCUUGGGAAACAAUAAACGUCUCUGUGUGCUGCAGUUGACAAGCUCUGUCUUCCACCGGGGUGAGGGAUGGAUGGGCCCACUGGCAUAGAGAGAGAGAGAAGAGAAAUCCCAAGUAAUGCACCGGGUUUCCAGCUCUACAUCCUUUAUCCUACUUAGCCUCAUGCCUCCUGACAUAAGUUUGCAUUCCCAUCAACAAAUGUUGCUAAGAACAGGGAUGCAGAAUAUAUUUAGAAAUACGACAUAAACCAGCUAUGGAGGCAAAACUAUUGGCUACUUGCAUUCACACAUUACUGGCAUCCACCCUUAUCUGCCUCCCAAGGGAGGGGGCAGCAAUUCAUGAUUUGACAUACUAUGACCCACAUACCACCAACUAGACCCUUCCUUGCCCCGCCACCCUCCUCAUCUGUUGCAAUCCAGGUUUUGUUGGGGGGGAAAUAGAAGCCAGCUGGAAUGGGCCAAAGAUCUACUAUGAGUUCGUGCUAGAGCUUGGGGGAAGGGAGAAUCCAUUUUCAGCACCCAGCCUGGACCUCAACUUUACCCAUCAUGGUACACAUGGAACAGAAGAUCCCACUGAACCACCAGGGCAGCCCAGGAA